UUUUGACACUUCACAAUGCUCCGCGUUGACAGAUUACCAACGGACAAAGAAAAACUGUGGUGGGCCAGAGUCUGCUUCUCUGUGCCACUCCCCGCCCAGCUCGGACAUCUGUACUUCGGCGCGCACCCGCGUCGCUUCGAGGUUUCGUUCUAAUGAGCGAUGGAGUCCUUCACAACGCCGUCGUUCACAUCCGCGAUCUGCCGCUGGUAGUGGCUUCGGACUCCAUUCCCCUGUGCUCCCAUCGCCCCGGUCAAAUAUAUACCGGACGAAGAACGCCCAUCGACACGUGGCGUGCUCUCUGUGAAUCUCUGGUCGCGCGCUCAACGGCCUCUAGAUCGCGUAGAAUGACCCACUCGCAAUUGAACACGCGUUGAGAAGAUGCGAUGUAUCAUGGCUGGCCUGUUCAAUGAAUUGACGGCGACAUGACCUCGAGGCAUGAGUCUCCACUGGAUCGCCCAGCUGUGUUCUUGCGUGAGCUUCUGAGAAUUCUUGUGAAUUCGGGUCGUUGUCCGCCUGCUUCGCUUGGUAGGGAUGGUGCCGAGAAGAGUUUGGAGAAGCCAAGGCCCGCGGCUUGUGCAAGCAUUUAAAUGAGUCCCCCCGCAUCUUGUUUCGUCAGCCACUAUGUAUCCCGAGUGGGACUCAUCUACUACUGCCUGCCCCCGCGACGCAUCUCUCACCAGAUAUCGUGGCUCAGGUGUCCGCGAUGACCCUUACAUCGUCGAUUGGGACACGCAUGAUCCGGAGAAUCCCCUCAACUUUUCUCUGUCGCGCAAGUGUGUGAUCACCACUCAGCUGGCGUUCGCAACAUGGACCGUCUCCUUCGCAUCAAGUGUCUAUUCCAGCGGGCUUGCAGACAUGGCUGAGGACCUCCACAUCUCGGCAAAUGUUGCCAUUUUGGGAAUAUCACUAUAUGUGCUGGGUUUUGCACUUGGUACAGAUCUUUGCUCCAAUGAGCGAGAUGUAUGGACGACGACUUGUCUUCUUCAUCAGCCUCGGCACCUACACUCUAUUCCAAUUGCAGGGAUGCUUGAGCAAGAACAACAUCUAUGCUAUUCUGGCAAGCCGCCUUCUCACCGGAAUCUUCGGAUCCUCUCCUUUGACGAACGCUCCCAGCCAAAUCUGCGAUAUCUGGGAUGUAAGAGAACGUGGACUGGCGGCAGCAGCUUACUCCAUAAUGCCUUUCUUGGGUCCUAUUACUGGGCCGCUGGCGGGCGGUCUCCUGGUCGCAGCCGACGGCUGGCACAUGAGCUUUUGGCUGAUGUUCAUAUUCGCGGUUCUCGCUUUGCUGUCUGGUGCCGCUCUUGUUCCUGAAACUUAUGCUCCUGUGCUGCUUCGGAGACGUGCUCGCCAAUUGCAGAAUGGCCCUGGUGCAGGGUACUAUGUCUCGGUGCACGACUGCAGCCAGCCGAGAUCAUUGGGGCAGGUGCUAGCCAAGAACUUUAGUCGUCCGUUCUUGUUUCUCCGCACUGAACCCAUUGUACUGGGCAGCGCACUCUGCAUCUCUCUUGUCUAUGGCACUCUCUAUGCCAUGUUUGCUGCUUUCCCUGUCAUCUUCACCCAACACCAUCACUUCACGUCGAUGCAGAACGGCCUGGCCUUCUUGGGCAUUGGACUGGGGCUCAUGAUAGGACUGGCCACGACUUCAAUCCAGAACCGUAUCUAUCGUCGCGCCGCACAACGAAAUGCUGGAUUUGCACCUCCUGAAGCCCGGCUGCACCAAGCUAUGUUUGGGAGUGUUCUUUUUCCUGUGGGGCUGUUUUGGUUUGCGUUGACCGCGUCGCCUUCGAUACACUGGAUCAUUCCAAUUACGGGCAGCGUCUUCUUUGGUACCGGGAUCGCACAAGUUCUAACGGGUCUGACGAUGUACUUGACCGAUACCUACAAUCUCUAUCUAGCCAGCGCAGUGGCAUCUACGAUAGUAAUGCGUUCAUUUGUUGCCGCCUUUCUGCCGCAAGGGGUUCCUUCUAUGUUCACCCGUCUCGGAGACUCGCUGGCGCUCUGUGUUUUUGGCGCACUCUGGCUUGUGUUGAUGCCAAUCCCAUUCUGCUUUUGGAAGUUCGGGGGCUUGAUUCGCAGCAAGUCGGGCGCAGCACUGAAAGAUCCAUCAACGCCCCGCUCGCAAGUCACCUCUCACUGCGAGACCCUGAACGAAAAGCACCAGGCUCAAACUUAUACGUAGCGAAGUUGUAGCUAACAUCAAGUGUGCUUGCUUUCUUGAACCGCUGGAAUAGCCACACGCAUAAAAUCCCAAGCUGCUAUAGCCUGAUGUCCCGAUCCCCAUGCCUCCGUAGCUUGCCGUUCAAUCUCAUGCAUAACUCUUCUCCGCUGAUCUCUCUCAUACCGAGGAGCAGGAAAUCUGAGACCGGUUAGAAAAAGUCACCCAUCUUUGGUUUUCCGGACCUGCUGCCAAUGUGGUUGAGCACUAGCCUCUCGGCACUGACUUUCUUCGCAAAUUCGCCUGCCAUCGUGGGAAUGGAGUGUCCUCGCGCCAGAGCUGCACGCAAAACGGUUUCUGGUGUUCUGCGGUGCUGAGGCCCCAACUCGCGUGGGAUGUGUGCAUCGGUGGCCUCGUGCACAACCAACGAGGGACUAGGAUGUAUGCACAAAGGGACGAUGGAAGAAGCAUCGUAAGUAUCGCCCAACACAACAAUUUUGCGGGCGGAGCCGUUCGUCUCGCGAAAGACAUAGCCCAAACAAGGAUCUGGACAUCGAGCAGCGUCAGCCAGCCGAGCAGGAAAUGUGAGAUACGACGCACCGCGAUGAGAUAUCGGGCCUGCAUCCACGACAACAUCAUGGCUGUGGCCGGCAUCCUCCGUGAAGCCUUUCCAAAACCCGUCGCCUGUGCAUACAAUAUCUCUGCCCGCUACUUCACUCGAAUGCAUCACUUCAGAGUCGCAAGAUGUCAAAGCAUCUUGCUGCGUCAACAACUCAUGCACCACGUAUCUGUGCGCCGUUCGCGUCAAGGUCAUUUUCAUGAUGGAUCGUACAAAGGUCCGGAUGCCAGCCGGUCCGUAUAUCUCGAUUCGGGGCUGGAGAGAUAAGAAAGUGGUCGGAAAGGACACGUCAAUCAGGAUGUCACCUGUGGGCUUAUGGACACUACUGCAGUAGGAUCGAUGGAGGGAGCGAAGAGGAUAUUUCUUAGCAGAGGAACAAUUCCCAUGGUGUGAUCGGCAUGCAUGUGCGUCUUUCAGGGUUCGAGCUAAUGCAGGACGAAUGAUCUUCGCGUAAACUUACGACAAACAUCUUGGACACAGAGGCAGCCUUGAGCCACGGUGAGCCCUGGGGUUGGAAGGCGAACUGACGCGUCGUUCCCUCUGCUUCAUUUGCUUGCCAUCGCGCAGUAAACAAUCCAGCACCAGCGAGCUGCAAUUUCUCGAUUCUGACGGCCCUCCCCCGGAGGAUGUGCCCAAGAAUGUGACAUUCAUAAGUUGAUCGUUGUUAUGUGCGGGUUGAAGAAAAUUCAGCGAGAAACGUCGGCGAACAAAUGGAUUGUGAGGUGCCACCGGCCAGGACAGGCUGCGGAAGACAAGAGUCAUUGAGUAGAUCACGUGAGAAGGCCGCGGCACGUUACGUAAUAUUGAUGACGGUUCCGGCGCGAAAUCCCUGAUCAAAACAAGCUGCUAUCAUGCCCACGCACAGUUCACUCCUGCACUCAUGUCGACUACUGAGUCCUUGGAUGAGAAGCACCCGCCUGGCUACUCCAAGUUCCCGUUCUUCUCUCGGAAGUCAAACAACAAAGAGAAGGCAGACGCAGACUCGGAGGCCACAGAAGUGACCACUGCUGCCGAACCGGCUCUUGAGCCUGUUGGUUUUCUUCAACUCUUCCGGUUCUCGACUUCCUACGAAAUUACUUUGGAUGUCAUUGGAUUGAUAGCUGCUGCUGCCGCUGGGGCUGCCCAGCCUCUCAUGACCAUUUUAUUCGGCAAUCUGGUCAACCAAUUCGUCAACUUCCAAAUCGUCAUUUCUGCUAUCGAUGCUGGCAGUACCGAAGCUGCAGCUCAACUUCCUGCGGUCGCUGCUGCUUUCAGACAUGAAGCAGGUCGACUGGCCAUUUACUUGGUUUGCAUCGGAUGUGGCAUGUUUCUCUGCACCUACAUCUACAUGUAUACUUUCGUUUACACGGCUGAAGUCAACGCGAAGAGAAUUCGCGAACGCUAUCUCAAAGCUGUCUUGCGUCAAGAUGUCCAAUUCUUCGACAAAGUCGGAGCUGGAGAAGUUGCCACACGAAUUCAAACAGACACUCGUAGGUUACCAGUCCUCGCUGCUUCGGCUCAAACUGAGGUUCCUGCAGACCUCGUGCAGCAAGGCAUAUCUGAAAAAGUUGCUCUUGUCGUCAACUUCCUGUCUGCAUUUGUCACCGGUUUUGUUGUCGCGUAUGUGAGGCAGUGGAAGUUGGCCCUCGCCAUGUCUUCAAUCCUGCCGUGCAUUGCGAUCACCGGAGGAGUGAUGAAUAGGGCCAUCUCGCGUUACAUGCAACUUUCGUUGAAGCAUGUCGCUGACAGCGGCAGUAUGGCAGAGGAAGUGAUCUCCACUGUCAGGACUGCGCAGGCCUUUGGCUCUCAGGGUGUCCUGUCCAGCUUGUACAACAAAACCAUCGAGCAAGCUUUGCACGCUGAUCUCAAGGCUGCUGUGUGGCAUGGCGGAGGAUUGUCGGUGUUUUUCUUCGUCAUCUAUUCGGCCUAUGCUUUAGCUUUUGAUUUUGGUACCACUCUCAUCGAUGCCGGACAGGCCAAUGCUGGACAGGUCAUCAAUGUGUUCAUGGCAAUUCUGAUUGGAUCGUUCAGUUUGGCUCUCCUUGCUCCAGAGUCGCAGGCAAUUCAGCAUGCCCGCGGCGCUGCAGCGAAGCUGUUUUUGACAAUCGAUCGCGUUCCGGAAAUAGAUUCGGCAUACGAAGGAGGGUUGAAGCCGGACGCCAUCUCCGGCGACAUCGCUCUCGACAACGUUUAUUUCAGUUAUCCGUCUCGUCCUGGAGUGGUCGUUACCAAAGGCAUCUCUCUCUCGUUCCCCGCCGGCAAAACUGCGGCCCUUGUUGGUGCAUCCGGUUCAGGCAAAUCCACCAUCGUCUCCCUCGUUGAACGGUUCUACGAUCCCACGAGUGGCACUGUGACUCUCGAUGGGAUCAAUAUCCGGGAUCUCAACCUCAAAUGGCUGCGUUCACAAAUCGGCCUGGUCUCGCAGGAGCCAACGCUUUUCGCGACGACGAUCAAGGGCAAUGUCGCACACGGUCUAAUCAACACCAAAUACGAGCUUGCCUCCGAGGAGGAAAAGUUUGCCCUGAUCAAGGAUGCUUGCGUUAAAGCGAAUGCCGAUGGUUUCAUCUCCAACCUCCCUGAUGGCUAUGAUACUAUGGUCGGAGAACGCGGAUUUCUACUCUCAGGCGGCCAGAAACGUGAGCUGCCACCAUGUCCGUGCUUGGAACCCACUAAUGCAGGAGCAGAGCGAGUCGCCAUCGCCCGUGCCAUUGUCUCCGAUCCGCAGAUUCUUCUGCUGGACGAGGCUACUAGUGCUUUGGACACGCAGUCCGAAGGGGUUGUUCAAGACGCGCUGGACAAGGCUGCUGCUGGCCGGACUACGAUUACCAUCGCACACAGGUUGUCGACAAUCAAGGAUGCUGACACGAUCUUCGUGAUGGGCGAGGGACUGGUCCUCGAGCAGGGCACACACGACGAACUUCUCGGCAAAGAGGAUGGUGCCUAUGCCAGAUUAGUGGCUGCACAAAAGCUUCGCGAAAGCGAGGAGCGCAGAGAGGGUGAAGACGAGCCAGAAUCCAAAGAAACCGAGGCAGCCGAGAUGGAGAAAGCCGUGCGGACUGAGAUUCCGUUAGGUCGCAAGAACACAGGACAACGGUCGUUGGCCAGUGAUCUGAUUGAAAAGCGUUUGGAGGGCCAAAGAGAAAAUGCAGGCGAAGACGACUACAGUCUCUACUACCUCUUCAAGCGCGUCGGAGCAUUGAACCGCGAGUCCUGGCGAAAGUACCUCUUCGGCUCAAUAUGUGCUAUCGCAUCUGGUGGUGUCUUCCCUUCAUUCGGCAUCGUUUACGCAAAAGGAAUCAAUGGCUUCUCAGAGCUGGGCCACAGUCGUCGAGUCGCCGGGGACCGAAACGCGCUGUGGUUCUUCAUCAUUGCCAUCGCCUCCACCUUCUUCAUCGGCUUCCAAAAUUACUUGUUUGCGUCGGCGGCAGCUACCCUGACCACCAAGCUGCGACGUCUCAGCUUCAAGGCUAUUCUUCGGCAAGACAUUGAAUUCUUCGACAAGGACGAGAACAGUGCUGGUAGUUUGACGUCGUCACUCAGUGACAAUCCCCAGAAAGUGAAUGGACUGGCCGGUAUCACCCUUGGCGCCAUCGUUCAGAGUUGCUCCACACUUCUCGCCGGUGCUAUCAUUGCUUUGGCGAUUGUUUGGAAGGUUGGGCUUGUUGGAAUUGCAUGCGCACCGCUGCUCGUGUCUGCUGGAUACAUCCGACUGCGUGUGGUUGUUCUGAAGGACCAGAAGAACAAAAAGGCCCAUGAACGCUCUGCCCAAUUGGCCUGUGAAGCUGCUGCGUCGAUUCGCACUGUCGCCGCUCUCACCCGAGAGGAUGACUGCUGCAAUCUUUACGGCGCAAGCCUCGAAGAACCCUUGAGAGAAUCAAACCGCACGGCUAUCUUGAGCAACCUCAUCUAUGCAGCAUCACAGUCGAUGAUCUUCUUUUGCAUUGCAUUGGUCUUCUGGUGGGGUGCUCAGCUUGUUUCCAAACGGGAGGCGUCCACAUUCCAAUUCUUCGUUGGACUAAUGUGUUCUACUUUUGCAUCCAUCCAAGCCGGCAACGUUUUCUCAUUCGUGCCGGAUAUAUCGUCGGCUAAGGGUGCUGCAUCGGAUAUCAUCAAGUUGCUCGAUUCGAUCCCUGAAAUCGACGCUGAAUCGCCCGCCGGAAAGUCAAUCGAUCCGACAGCUACGAAAGGACAUCUCCGAUUGGAUGGAAUUCACUUCAGAUAUCCGACGAGGCCAGGAGUUCGGGUGCUUCGGGACCUUUCGAUCCAGGUGCAACCCGGGACAUACGUUGCUCUGGUCGGCGCCAGCGGAAGUGGCAAGUCUACCGUCAUUCAGCUGAUCGAGCGCUUCUACGAUCCGCUGGCUGGUGAUGUUUACGUGAGAAUGGCUUGUCUCUUUCAGUCUACUUGUGCUCAGGCUGCCUUGCAGUUGGAUGGCGAACGCAUCACCGAAUUGAACAUUCAAGAGUACCGCAAAUCCAUCGCGCUUGUUUCGCAGGAGCCUACUCUCUACGCUGGGACCGUUCGCUUCAACAUUCUGCUGGGGGCCAUCAAACCCAUGGACGAAGUCUCGCAAGAGGAAAUCGAGGCAGCCUGUCGCAACGCGAACAUUCUCGAAUUCAUCCAGUCGCUUCCCGAUGGAUUUGAAACGGAAGUAGGUGGAAAAGGUUCUCAGUUGUCGGGAGGACAGAAGCAGCGAAUUGCCAUUGCCCGUGCCCUCUUGCGGAAUCCGAAAGUUCUGCUACUGGAUGAGGCCACCUCUGCUCUAGACUCGACCUCUGAAAAAGUGGUACAAGCAGCGCUCGAUCAGGCUGCCAAGGGCCGCACGACAGUUGCAAUCGCUCACCGAUUAUCUACCAUCCAGAAUGCUGAUAAUAUCUAUUUCAUCAAAGAAGGGAAAGUGAGCGAACAAGGCACACACGACCAGCUCCUGGCAAAACGCGGAGACUAUUACGAAUAUGUUCAACUCCAAGCCCUUAGCAAACACACUUGAUACCAUGUCAUACAGACUUUUUAUGAUUUUGCAUAGACUUUUUUGGGUGCUUCAAUUUGGCUUGCCCCUGAUCGCAACGAUGUAUCAGUCUUUUCAUUAAAGAGUGACGUAAACUGGCAAAGUGGCAACCCGCCUGGGCCAGUCUCUCUUAUUUUCCUCCGUCACACUGCACUUGUCUACGCUCUGGAAGCACAGACUGUCUGUCCUUCCCGACAAUCGCCGCUCGCUUAUCACAUCCCAUCCCUCCACUCGUUGCAAUAAGUAUGUCCUGGAAGCUCGGGAGAAGCAAGAAGUCGUCGGUGGUCAACUUACGUGCUGAGGACGUCGUUGACCCGCGCUCAACAACUCCUACCCCCGGAGCUCAAUCCCGCUCCGGUGUACUCUCUAUCCGCGUGCUUUCGGCCGAAGGUCUCGCCGUCCCAGCGGGGACUACCAUCCCCGCGGCUGUUCAGGCAGCCCUGAACUCCCAGCAGGCCAAGGUUGCAGCCUCCGUGUCGCCCUCCAGUGUUACACAACAGCGACUGGCCAAACGUGGAAACAGGGACUCCAUCCAGCGAACCCAGGCCUGCUGGUGGCUUCCUUACGUGGUCAUGGAAUACGAAGUGAAUCAGGUCCUAAUUACCCCCUUGGGUGGCGACCUGGACAAGCCGGUGUUUAUGUACCAGGCUCAUUUCGACGUAUCCCGCAACUCUGAGAUCUCACUCCAGUGCUAUCUCCGCGCCAGUGAACCCGGUGGUGACACUACCGAAGACCUCGGGACGAAUCAUGACAUCUUUCUCGGGGGCAUCAAGUUUAUUCCCAACUUUGAUGAAGGAGGGACCCAGGAUCAGUGGUAUGAUAUGCUGGGCGGCUCGGGCAAGAUGCAAGUCGGCGUUGCUUACCAGCCCAUGCUGCAGUCCCUGUCCAUCGAUGAUUUUGAGCUCGUCACUGUUAUCGGGAAGGGCAGUUUUGGGAAAGUGAUGCAGGUCCGCAAACGCGAUACGUCGCGGAUCUAUGCUCUCAAGACCAUCCGCAAGAUGCAUAUCGUGAACCGUAACGAGAUUACGCACACCCUUGCCGAACGGCUUGUUCUCGCCCGGGUCAACAGUCCUUUCAUCGUGCCUCUCAAAUUCAGUUUCCAGUCGGAGCAGAAGCUGUACUUGGUUCUUGCCUUUGUCAAUGGGGGGGAGCUGUUCCACCAUCUCCAGCGUGAACAGCGCUUCAAUGAAGAACGCGCCAGAUUUUACAGCGCAGAACUUCUGCUUGCGUUGGAACAUCUGCACGAACUCGAUGUGGUUUACCGCGAUCUCAAACCUGAGAAUAUCCUCCUGGAUUUCACAGGCCAUCUUCUCCUGUGCGACUUCGGGCUUGCCAAGCUCGGCAUGAAGGCCGACGAGAAAACGAACACGUUUUGUGGCACACCCGAGUAUCUUGCUCCAGAAAUCCUCAAGGGCCAAGGCUACAGCAUCCUCUCACAGCGAAGACCAUCGACUGGUGGACGCUGGGUGUGCUGCUCUUUGAGAUGUUGGCUGGUCUGCCGCCAUUCUACGAUGAGGUCACCGAUCGCAUGUACGAAAAGAUCCUGAACGAUCCACUCGUCUUCGGUGCCGAAUUCAGCCCUGAGGCCCGGGGCAUCUUGACAGAGCUCCUGGACCGGGACCCUGUCAAACGCCUUGGUGUCAAUGGUGCGGGCGAGAUCAAGAAACACCCUUUCUUUGCGUCCAUGGACUGGAAGAAGCUCAUGGAGAAGAAAAUCCAGCCACCCUUCAAGCCAAAUGUGGCUAGCCCAGUGGACGUCUCCAACUUCGAUACGGUCUUUACCGUGGAGCCACCCGUCGACAGUGUGGUCGAGAACUCGAACUUGUCGCAGACUGUCCAAGAACAGUUCUCCGGCUUCUCAUACAACGGAGCCAACAUUCCCAUUGGCUCCGUUUCCAGCUAAACAAGCUUUGCUUGCUUGUACUAAUCCACCAGACUAAUCCCCUUCAUUUCUGUAGAAUACAUCCCCUCGCUAUAUACUGCUUUCGCUCUCUCCAUGGAAUCGCAUACUGCAUCUCACUCAUUAUCAUAGCUCACACAUUAUUGUCAUCUGGAAGGGUUCAUUCACAAUCUAAAUCGUUUAUGUAAACAUAGGAAUUGUGCCAGCAGCACCGCCACAAAAUGUCAU